AUGGGCUUCUCAUUGAAGGGAGCAGAUGCUUCUGCUACGACUACUUCCGAGAUCAAUCCUGACGCAAUCGAAAAUAAAACACCUAGUUCGUCCGAUGAGAAACUUCGCGAAAUAGACGUGGCGACUGCGAUCGCAGAUCUCGACAAGAUUCAGCACAACCAUCAAUGGGACCCGAAUCUUCCUCAAGAGAAACUUGAUGCCGUCAAGUCUGCACUCGAACAUGGAGAUGUCAAAGAGAUUGCCGAGGCCGACCUACUAUUCACCGAAGACUCGCCUUACGAAGAAGUACGUGCCGCCGUUCGCAACACUGAUGGGGGAGAGGUCGCCUGUACUGUGAGAGCAUGGAUACUGGGAAUGAUCUUCGUCACAAUUGGCAGUGGCCUGAAUAUGUUAUUGAGCAUGCGAAGUCCUCUGGUUAAUUUCCCAGCAUUGGUGGUCGUACUCGUGGUCUACCCAGUUGCGAAUCUCUGGGCGAAAAUUAUGCCUACGAGGGUGUUCAACACAUUCGGACUACAGUGGACGUUGAAUACUGGCCCAUUCACCAUCAAGGAACAUGUGGUCAUCACUAUCAUGUCAAAUGUCUCGUUAGCAUAUGCAUACUCUACGGAUGCACUGCUUGCACUCCAGGGAAAGCCAUUUUACGACAUCAACUUAGGUUGGGGUUUCGCCUUGAUCUUCACUUUGAGCUCUCAGCUCAUGGGUAUUUCGUUGUCUGGCCUAUUCAGGCGCUUCCUCGUCUAUCCUGCAGCGAUGCUGUGGCCAACCCAGUUUUCAUACACCUCGCUUUUCUACGCCCUUCACGAUAAAAGCAAAAGUGACGGCUCUACUUCCAACGGAUGGACCAUCAGUCGUUACCGAUAUUUCUUCUUGGUGACCGGGGGCAUGUUCGUGUAUUAUUGGAUCCCGGCUGUACUUUGGCAAGGUCUCAGCGUUUUUGCAUUCGUUACUUGGAUUAAACCGAAUAAUGUCGUGCUCAACCAACUCUUCGGUGGCUACACGGGGCUCAGUCUCAUUCCCAUAACGUUCGACUGGACUUACGUCUCUGCGUACCUAUACGACCCGCUACUAGCCCCGACGCAAGCCCAUGUUAAUACUCUAAUUGGCCUAUUCAUUUUUGUCAUGAUCACCACGAUUGGAAUUGUGUAUACUGGAGCACUUUAUUCCGAGUACCUCCCUAUGGUGACAUCGCAAACCUACGACAACACACAGAAGGCCUAUACUGUAAGGAAUAUUCUUGGGGAUGAUUUUACACUCGACUUGGAAAAGUACCGCAACUACUCGCCACUGUUUUUAUCUCCAACUCUGGCCCUGAAUUAUGGGCUGUCCUUUGCCGCAUUGACAGCAUCACUUGUCCACGUCGGACUCUUUCACGGGAAAGAGAUAUGGUAUCGCUACAAAACUGCCCGUAAUCAGGAACCCGACAUACAUCUCAAACUCAUGAAGAAAUACGACGAGGCUCCCGAAUGGUGGUACACGGCUCUUCUCCUUUUCUCGCUCGCACUAGGACUUGGGACUGUCCUGGGCCACGAUUCGCAAUUGCCCUGGUGGGGAUUUUUCAUAUCUAUCAUUAUCGCAUUCGUAUUUGUGAUUCCCACAUGCAUGAUCAUGGCCGUUUCGAACAUUAUGUUAUCCCUAAAUGUUAUUUCGCCUUUUAUAGCAGGUUUCAUCUUCCCGGGUCGGCCCAUCGGUGUGAUGAUCUUCAAAGUUUUCAGUACAAUUACCUUAGGACAAGCUCAGACUUACGUACCCCCUCGGGUCACUUUCUGGUGCCAGGUUGUCGCGAGUAUAUGGGCCGUUUUCGUACAAAUUGCUGUGAUGAAUUGGACCUUAGGGGCCAUUCCCAACGUCUGUACUAGCACUCAGUCGAGUCAUUUUACCUGUCCCAACGGACGCGCAUUUUUCUCGUCCAGUAUCGUCUGGGGAGUUCUCGGGCCGGAGCGCAUGUUUGGGCCUGGAUCGAUGUAUGUGAAUUUCAACUGGUUUUGGCUUAUUGGUGCCGUAACCCCAGUGAUAUUAUGGGUUUUUGGCCGCAAGAUGAAUAUUGGUCUCGCACGCCACCUUCACGCACCGAUUUUGUUUGGGGCUAUGGCUUGGCUUCCGCCCGCUACCCCGAUUAGCUUUUCGACGUGGGCGCUUUGGGGUUUGGUCUUCAACUACGGCAUACGAAAGAAGUUCAACGGAUGGUGGCGCACUUACAACUACGUCACCGCCGCAGCGCUUGACGCGGGUCUUAUCUUGUCGACCAUUGUCAUCUUCUUCGCGAUCACGAUGUCAGGAGUUACCAUUCCUCAAUGGUGGGGUAACGUGGAUGUGUACAAUACUGUUGAUGCAACGAAUACAGCAUGGCUCAAAACAGUACCGGAGGGUGAGACGUUCGGGCCAGCAACGUGGUAG